AUGGCUGGCGAUCGAAGGUUGGAACGAAAAGUGGGCGAAAUAGAAAGCGACGGCAGCGGUACUUUCAAAGAGCCCUUUAUUUGUGAGUUUGGAGGUCAGAGUUAUUCGUCUUCUGACACCGUGAGUUGUCAUGGCGAUGGUCCACAUGCUUCUACCACAAAGACCAACUGUGCCUAUGGCAUCACCUAUGCAGCCAGCCUCGGAGUUAAAUCUGGCGAGGCCGAGUGUGAAUCGGCCAGCUGUGCUUCUGCCAAAGUGGCUUCAGUUGGACAGGGGCUAGACGAAGCCGGCAAGGAAGUAGUCACUUCACAGUCAGGUCGUGAACGCCUUCUGGAAUGGUUACGAGAAAGUCAGGCCAAACGAGACGAGAACAAUCGUCAAGUGUUCACUCGUUGGAUUGACCGUUACGAGGCGGCCACUCGAAUGGCGGCAGAACAGGCAGCAGCUGCCGCGGCUCUAGCCGCAGCCACGAGUGCCUCUAGCCUUCAGGCUCCACCGCCGACCACCCAACUGUCUUCAUCGCUUGGUCUGCCACAGCAGCAAUUGUCGCAAUCUGGAGCUCCGUCUCUUUCGCACCAUCAUCUCUCCUCGGCGGGGAUGCCUCCGCUAUUUUUGACCUCUCAAACGCAGCCCACAGUCACCUCUCUGGCCCAGCCGGCCUUGAUACAGGCUUCACAGGCCAGCCCAGCCGUCAUGCUUUCCGGCCCGCCCCCGGGGGGCCCGGGCCUGCUUCCCCAGGCGUUUACGCUUGAAAAUGCUCUGGGCAGCAUGAACCUAAACGCUCAGCUGUCCAGCCCCAUUGAGACCUGCCAGCAAGCCAGCCUAUCUUCGGCCUAUCUUAUGAAUCGUGGCCCACUUCUUUGCCCUGACAUUGUAGCUCCUUCGUUCUACGCGCUCCACGACUUGCCGCAUCCUUGUUCACCGUCAACAAAUUCCACUGCCUCAACCUCCUCCAUAUCAUCUGUCGCCUCAUCAGUCGCCUCGGUCCCAUCUGUAUCGACUUCUCUGGCCGUCAUUAAAUCGACACCCUCCUCGCCCACUCCAAGUGGACAGAUAUUGAGCAAUCUGGACGUUCAAGACGGCCUGAACAAGGAACUCGUCAAGCCAGAUGCCUCUUCUGAGCUCUACCAUAAACACAAACACAAAGAGCCGACGGGUAAGAACAUCCCUUGCAACAUGUGCGACGAUGAAUACAAGGAGCCCACCUACUCACCCAGAGAAAACGAGUUGGCUUGCCCUAAUUGUGAAAAGACUUGCGAGCUUCAGACUGUACUCGAGCGCCAGACUGAAAGCAAAAGUCCAUCUCUGGCCAGAAGUAUGAGUGACCAUAAAGGGAGGCCUGUUAAACCCGAUCUUACAGAAGUAAAAGAUAAACCGAAUUUCAGUCAACACCGGCAACAACACCAACACCAACCACUUCAACAGCAAGUUGGCCUGCAUCACUUGCCUUCCGCCGGACAGCGCUAUUCAUACCUCUACAAUUAUGCCCUCUACAUGCCUUCACUGGCCGAGACGUCAUACUGUUACCUGCCCUAUCAGCCGGCCUGGUCGCCUCAACAGGGGUUUCAGCCCAGUUUCGCCUACAGAAGCCAACAACCGAUGGUCGCAGCCUGCUCCUCAAUUCCCACCGACCAGUCGCCAAUCGGUCUUCCCUAUCCCCCCUCUUAUGCUCCUGGGCCCAUUCACUUGCAUCAGCCCCCCAUUGAGCCCCACCAAUCAGUUUAUCCGACCGGCCAACACUUGCGCUCUCCUCAUUGCCACAGCUCCGAGCAAAGCCCCAACCCAAAUCAGCCCUCACACCAUCUUCAAGCUCAACAACAACAACAGCAGACCUAUCAGCACAUGCUGCAGCAACAACAGCAUCUACAGAAAUCACUGCCACCGUCAAUUCCGAUGCUAGCACAGCAAGCACAUGUUCAUCAGCCUACGCUAUGCCAUCAGCCGAAUCAGCAGACAGUUUAUCCGGCC